AUGAGCGAACAUCCAGCACAGCGAGAAUUAGAGAAAGUUCAGGGAAAAAAAACUUUCCCAGGAACUUGUGCUAAGGGUUUGAUGAGCAGAGGCUAAAAGGGAGGCACACAGCUAUCUGGAGCAGUUCUCAUAGCUACACAAAAACAAACAUCUCUCCAGCCUGGGAGUAAAGAGCUCAUAUUUACGGGGGAGAAACCAACCGGAUCCCCAGUUGUACAGGAAGAGGGCUAAACAUCCUCAGCGUAAGUCUCAAAGGAGAGAAAGAAUGAAAGUCUGUACACCUGCCGGAGUCUGAACAAAAGCCACAUCACUGAAAGUGGGAUCAGGUUGUUUGAAAAGCGAGCUCAGCAGAACACUAUUCACCAUGGUAACAGUGCCAGUGCUAGUCAUUUUCCUUUGUUCCAUCAAGCAUGUAGUGAUGCUUGAGGCAGAAUGGCGAAAUACAAGAAUACCUGCUGUUUUGCCUCAUGAUACCGUGACACUGGAGAAAGCUCAUUUUCAGGGUAGAGCAAAGCUGGAAGUAACCUCUCCGUGUGAAUUAGAGUGUCAUAAAAGAGCACCCCUACCAACAUAUGAAGACCUAAAAGAAUAUUUGUCUUAUGAAACUCUGUACUCCAAUGGAAGCAGAACCCUUACAAAUGUAGACAUCUAUAGUUUCAAUGCUGUCGAUUUGGUAAACAAACAGCACUACAGCAAUGGUCGAAGAACAAAAAGACAGGUCUUUGGCUUGGAUGGUAGAUUCAGCAUCUUAGCAAAAAACUUUCUGUUGAGCUAUCCUUUCUCAACAUCAGUGAAAAUCUCCACAGGCUGCACUGGGACUCUUGUAGCUGAGAAGCAUGUUCUAACUGCUGCCCACUGUAUUCAUGAUGGUAAGAACUAUGUGAAGGGUGCGCAAAGGAUGAAAGUUGGAUUUUUUAAGCAGAAACAAAAAGCCACAAACCAAACCAACUUGCUUUUUCCAGAAAAACCUAGGCUCCAUUGGAUACGAGUAAAACGGACACAUGUCCCAAAAGGAUGGAUCAAAGGUUCAGCAAAUGAAAUCGGCAUGGAUUAUGACUAUGCACUAUUAGAAUUGAAAAAGCGUCACAAGAAACCCUUUAUGAAAAUAGGAGUUACUCCACCUCGGGGGAGGAUGCCUGGCGGUAGGAUUCACUUUUCUGGUUUUGAUAAUGACCGACCAGGAGAUCUUGUUUAUCGUUUCUGCUUGGUCAAAGAUGAAACCUAUGACCUCCUUUAUCAGCACUGUGAUGCUCAGCCAGGAGCUAGUGGUUCGGGCGUUUACAUUCGAAUGUGGAAAAGGCAAAGUCGGAAAUGGGAGCGAAAAGUGAUUGGCAUAUUCUCAGGGCAUCAGUGGGUGGACAAGAAUGGUGUGCAGCAGGAUUACAAUGUGGCUGUUCGGAUCACUCCUCUGAAAUAUGCACAGAUUUGUUUCUGGAUCAAAGGAAAUUAUGUUGACUGUAGAGAUGGAUGAAGGUUUUUUUUGCUAUUUUAAAAGCUGCACUGUGCAAGCUGGUAACCUUCAUAUCUAAGAGAUAUUCAAUUCUGAAACUUAUUUUACUGUGGACACGUCAUGUGAAUCCAACACAAAAACAGAGCUCAAUUAAAAAUACAGAAAAAAAAGUUUUUAAAAUGCUUUGUAACUUCAUUCUUGUGUCAUCUUGAAUUCAAAAAGAUGGCAACCCUUUCAAUAACUUUUUUUCGCUGCAUUUUUGAACACCAUGUAUUUAAUGAUGUAACCAUUUCUUUUCUCCCAGCCAUAAAUGUUUGAAAUGAUUUAAAUAGGCAGUCUAAUAAGAUAGCAUUAAAUGCCUUUUGAUGUCUUGAUUUACACUGGCAUCUAAAUCUAAGUUGUAGCACUUAAAGUGAAUUUUCAAAUGAGUUUGAUAUUUUAAAAGGCUAUUUUGUCAAAACUGAGUCACUGCAUUUAAUAUGGAAAAGUAUUUUACCAGACAGAUGUUUGUACAGCAAGUAUGGAGCCUCUUCUGUCCCCUUUAUAAGAUUGUUCAUUUUGAAUAUAAAAGUAUGAAAGCAGUCAUUUAAAGAUAUUUUCAUUCAUAGUAAGACUGUUCACUAAUGUCAAAGCCACUUACAGAAUAGUAAUGUAUCCUUUUUAUUUAGCCAUGGACCAUAAUUCAAAGGCGAGCUAUUAAUGAUAAUUAUGUAGGGAUAUGACACAAUGUGAAAGUCAGUAAUACAUUUAAUACAGUAUUAAUACGGUAAUACAGAACCUGUCCUUGACUCUAAUAGAAUCAUUCAGCAUGGAAACAGACCCUUCGUUCUAACUAGUCCAUGCUGACCAUGUUCCAAAACUAAACUAGUUCCACUUGCCUGCGUUUGGCUCA